AUGAGUGAGGAUGAGGGGAGUGGUGAGGGAGAACCAGCAGCUGUGAAGAGCACUAUGAGAAAGGGAAAGGUUGGUAAUAAAAAGGGGAAAGGAGCAAGGAUGACAGGUGCCCAUGUUGAACGAGCUCUUGAAUCUGCCAACACUUCUGUUGCACCUCCCAAGCGUACUGGCCGCUCAUCCACUUCCUUCCUCCCCCCUGGUCCUACUGUUUCAAGUAGCCAUCCAUGUAUCAAUUGCAAGCCUGCAGUUACUGCCACAGGUGAAGAAACUGGUGAGGAGAGCAAUGGGGAAGAUGGCGAGGAGAGCAAUGGGGAAGGUAGUGAUGUUGGUGAGGCUAAAGAUGUUGAUAAAUUGACAAGCCAUGAUCAGUUGGUCGAAGCUAUUGACCUUUCUGCAAAGGAGAAGGAGGUUGUUCGAUUUGGCCCACCAAGAGGCCGUCAUCAGACCAAGUCCAGUUCUAAUCAUCCUGAGCCCAUCACUGAAGAUGUUGAUAAAUCUACAAGCCAUGAUCAACUUGCCUGGAUAUCAAUAUUUCUGGUCUUGCACCUCCUGAGCAGGAAGAAUCUGCUAAUGGGUCUUCACAUUCUACAGGAGGUGUGUUGUGUGGGUGAUCCCAUUGGUGAAGUUCCCCAAGACAUUGCACCUCUUGCCAUUGGCCACAUUAAUGUUACUAUUGUGCAACAACCCCCUUCGGAUGCUGUCAUUGAGAACGCUACCUCACUUCUGAAUGUCAGAUCCCCCUGCUAUGACACUUUAGGCCCAAUUCUGAAAAAGGUUGCAAAGUCCUAUUCUCCUGUGCACAAACAUAAUUAUCAUGUCUAUAUUUUAGAUUACAAGCAGUGGUCUAUCAUGGGGCAUUACAAUGUUGUAGUUGAGGAAGAUGAGACUGCUGUUUGGGAGGAGGAUGAGACUGGUAAGGUGACACAUAUUCUUCUGGAAAAGGACCAUGAGCAGGUGGUUGUGGAACACUACUGA